AUGGCCUACCUCCUCCCCUCGCUGGUCCUCCUGACCCUGAUCACGGGCACGAUCCUGUACGUGACGCGCGCGCACUGGCUGCACCUGGUGCCGGACCUGUCGGCGUACGGGCCGGGCCACCUGUACGCGCGGCUGCCGUCGUCCUUCACGGGCGACAUGGAGGCCGGCCUGAGCAGCAGCACCUUUGACCUGACGGGCAACGUCGAGUCGGGCGACGGCCGCGCCGGGCUCGACGACGCCGCCAAGGCCGAGAUCCUCAAGAUCAUGAAGAAGCGCCGCCUCCGCUUCGACGCCGCCCGCAAGGUCUACAUGGAGCAGCGCUUCAGCGCCAACGGCAUCGGGCCCGACGGCCGCCCCCGCGACCCCAAGUUUGUCAGCUUCUCGUGA